AUGGCCAAGCAGGUGUUGGAUCUGUACACCCUCUACAAGCUGGUCACAGACAAAGGCGGCUUAGUGGAGGUCAUCAAUAAGAAGAUAUGGCGUGAGAUCACCAAAGGCCUCAACCUCCCUACCUCCAUCACCAGUGCAGCUUUCACCCUUCGAACACAGUGAGUAACACUGCAGGCGGUAACUUGAAAUAACCUGAUAACCUGUAGGGCCAUCGCAGAUCACUCGACUUAUUCCCCUUUGGCUCCUACAGCAGUGGAGCAGGGGUCUCAGAGAGAUAAGGGUCUCUACAGCAGUGGAGCAGGGGUCUCAGAGAGAUAAGGGUCUCUACAGCAGUGGAGCAGGGGUCUCAGAGAGAUAAGGGUCUCUACAGCAGUGGAGCAGGGGUCUGAGAGAGAUAAGGGUCUCUACAGCAGUGGAGCAGGGGUCUCAGAGAGAUAAGGGUCUCUACAGCAGUGGAGCAGGGGUCUCAGAGAGAUAAGGGUCUCUACAGUAGUAGUGGAGCAGGGGUCUCAGAGAGAUAAGGGUCUCUACAGCAGUGGAGCAGGGGUCUCAGAGAGAUAAGGGUCUCUACAGCAGUGGAGCAGGGGUCUCAGAGAGAUAAGGGUCUCUACAGCAGUGGAGCAGGGGUCUGAGAGAGAUAAGGGUCUCUACAGCAGUGGAGCAGGGGUCUCAGAGAGAUAAGGGUCUCUACAGCAGUGGAGCAGGGGUCUCAGAGAGAUAAGGGUCUCUACAGUAGUAGUGGAGCAGGGGUCUCAGAGAGAUAAGGGUCUCUACAGCAGUGGAGCAGGGGUCUCAGAGAGAUAAGGGUCUCUACAGCAGCAGUGGAGCAGGGGUCUCAGAGAGAUAAGGGUCUCUACAGCAGUGGAGCAGGGGUCUCAGAUAAAUAAGGGUCUCUACAGCAGUGGAGCAGGGGUCUCAGAGAGAUAAGGGUCUCUACAGCAGUGGAGCAGGGGUCUCAGAGAGAUAAGGGUCUCUACAGCAGUGGAGCAGGGGUCUCAGAGAGAUAAGGGUCUCUAUAGCAGUAGUGGAACAGGGGUCUCAGAGAGAUAAGGGUCUCUACAGCAGUGGAGCAGGGGUCUCAGAGAGAUAAGGGUCUCUAUAGCAGUAGUGGAGCAGGGGUCUCAGAGAGAUAAGGGUCUCUACAGCAGUGGAGCAGGGGUCUCAGAGAGAUAAGGGUCUCUACAGCAGCAGUGGAGCAGGGGUCUCAGAGAGAUAAGGGUCUCUACAGCAGUGGAGCAGGGGUCUCAGAGAGAUAAGGGUCUCUACAGCAGUGGAGCAGGGGUCUCAGAGAGAUAAGGGUCUCUAUAGCAGUAGUGGAGCAGGGGUCUCAGAGAGAUAAGGGUCUCUACAGCAGUGGAGCAGGGGUCUCAGAGAGAUAAGGGUCUCUACAGCAGCAGUGGAGCAGGGGUCUCAGAGAGAUAAGGGUCUCUACAGCAGUGGAGCAGGGGUCUCAGAGAGAUAAGGGUCUCUACAGCAGCAGUGGAGCAGGGGUCUCAGAGAGAUAAGGGUCUCUACAGCAGCAGUGGAGCAGGGGUCUCAGAGAGAUAAGGGUCUCUACAGCAGUGGAGCAGGGGUCUCAGAGAGAUAAGGGUCUCUACAGCAGUGGAGCAGGGGUCUCAGAGAGAUAAGGGUCUCUACAGCAGUGGAGCAGGGGUCUCAGAGAGAUAAGGGUCUCUACAGCAGCAGUGGAGCAGGGGUCUCAGAGAGAUAAGGGUCUCUACAGCAGUGGAGCAGGGGUCUCAGAGAGAUAAGGGUCUCUACAGCAGCAGUGGAGCAGGGGUCUCAGAGAGAUAAGGGUCUCUACAGCAGUGGAGCAGGGGUCUCAGAGAGAUAAGGGUCUCUACAGCAGUGGAGCAGGGGUCUCAGAGAGAUAAGGGUCUCUACAGCAGCAGUGGAGCAGGGGUCUCAGAGAGAUAAGGGUCUCUACAGCAGCAGUGGAGCAGGGGUCUCAGAGAGAUAAGGGUCUCUACAGCAGCAGUGGAGCAGGGGUCUCAGAGAGAUAAGGGUCUCUACAGCAGUGGAGCAGGGGUCUCAGAGAGAUAAGGGUCUCUAGAGCAGUGGAGCAGGGGUCUCAGAGAGAUAAGGGUCUCUACAGCAGCAGUGGAGCAGGGGUCUCAGAGAGAUAAGGGUCUCUACAGCAGUGGAGCAGGGGUCUCAGAGAGAUAAGGGUCUCUACAGCAGUGGAGCAGGGGUCUCAGAGAGAUAAGGGUCUCUAUAGCAGCAGUGGAGCAGGGGUCUCAGAGAGAUAAGGGUCUCUACAGCAGUGGAGCAGGGGUCUCAGAGAGAUAAUGGUCUCUACAGCAGCAUUGGAGCAGGGGUCUCAGAGAGAUAAGGGUCUCUACAGCAGUGGAGCAGGGGUCUCAGAGAUAUAAGGGUCUCUACAGCAGUGGAGCAGGGGUCUCAGAGAGAUAAGGGUCUCUACAGCAGUGGAGCAGGGGUCUCAGAGAGAUAAGGGUAUCUACAGCAGUGGAGCAGGGGUCUCAGAGAGAUAAGGGUCUCUACAGCAGUGGAGCAGGGGUCUCAGAGAGAUAAGGGUCUCUAUAGCAGCAGUGGAGCAGGGGUCUCAGAGAGAUAAGGGUCUCUACAGCAGUGGAGCAGGGGUCUCAUAGAGAUAAGGGUCUCUACAGCAGCAGUGGAGCAGGGGUCUCAGAGAGAUAAGGGUCUCUACAGCAGUGGAGCAGGGGUCUCAGAGAGAUAAGGGUCUCUACAGCAGUGGAGCAGGGGUCUCAGAGAGAUAAGGGUCUCUACAGCAGUGGAGCAGGGGUCUCAGAGAGAUAAGGGUCUCUACAGCAGUGGAGCAGGGGUCUCAGAGAGAUAAGGGUCUCUAUAGCAGUAUUGGAGCAGGGGUCUCAGAGAGAUAAGGGUCUCUACAGUAGUGGAGCAGAAAAAAACUAAAACAGAGCUCCUCCUGUGGUGGAACCACAAGUGUUAUAUGAGAUAAAUGAUUAGAUACAGUAUAUGAUUACAUAUAGGAUUACAUAUAGGAUUAGAUAUGUGUCUGUAUUAAUGUAACAUAAUAAUAAUAAUAUGCCAUUUAGCAGACGCUUUUAUCCAAAGCGACUUACAGUCACGUGCGCAUACAUUUUUUACGUAUGGGGUGGUCCCGGGGAUCGAACCCCACCACCCUGGCGUUACGAGCGCCGUGCUCUACCAGCUGAGCUACGGAGGACCACGCUGAGCUCCAGAGGACCACGCUGAGCUCCAGAGGACCACGCUGAAUGGUAUAUAUGGUAGUCUAUAGCGCCAUGCUCUACCAGCUGAGCUACAGAGGACCACUACAGUUGAUUCAGAACCAUCAUUUUAUGUAAGGUUAGGACUUGAUAUUCUAUAUUUUAGUCGUCUAACGCCGAGCCUGUUGUUCGUCUUAUAAACUGUUACUGUUAUUAUCUCUAAGCAGACACUUGACAGGCACAAUAACACUCAUUAUUCUGCUACGAUGGUGACUACAUUACUAACAUCACGGCCAUCCUAACCUGGAUAAUGCAUGAUAAUGAUAGAGUUGGAGUAGGAGGGGGAGUCGACUGUACAGUCCUGACCACAAUGGAGUGCAGAACAGCAUAGAGCCUGUUGCUAUGCAGUGCAUUGGGAAAGUAUUCAGACCCCCUUGACAUUUUGUUACGUUAGAGCCUUAUUCUAAAUUGAAUUACAUUCUAUUUUCCCCUCAUCAAUCUACACACAAUGCCCCAUAAUGACUAAGCGAAAACAAGUUUUUAGAAACUUUUGCACAUUUAUUUAAAAUUUAAAUUAAAAAAACAUAAAUACCUUAUUUAAAUAAGUAUUCAGACCCUUUGUUAUGUAUCUCGGAAUUGAGCUCAGGUGCAUCCUGUUUCCAUUGAUCAUCCUUGAGAUGUUUCUACAACUUAUCUAAUUUACCUGUGGUGAAUUCAAUUGAUUGGACAUGAUUUGGAAAGGCACACACCUGUCUAUAUAAGGUCCCACAGUUGACAGUGCUUGUCAGAGCAAAAACCAAGCCAUGAGGUCGAAGGAAUUGUCCGUAGAGCUCCGAGACAGGAUUGUGUCGAGGCACAGAUCUGGGGAAGGUUAUCAAAACAUUUCUGCAGCAUUGAAGAUCCCGAAGAACACAGUGGCCUCCAUCAUUCUUAAAUGGAAGAAGUUUGGAAUCACCAAGACUCAGGGGAGAAGGGCCUUGGUCAGGGAGGUGACCAAGAACCCGAUGGUAACUCUGACAGAGCUCCAGAGGUCCUCUGUGAAGAUGAGAGAACCUUCCAGAAGGACAACCAUCUCUGCAGCACGCAACCAAUCAGGCCUUCAUGGUAGAGUGGCCAGACAGAAGCCACUCCUCAGUAAAAGGCACAUGAGAGCCCACUAGGAGUUUGCCAAAAGGCACCUAAAGGACUUUCAGACCAUGAACUCUUUGAAUUGAAUGCCAAGCGUCACGUAUGGAGGAAACAUGGCACCAUCCCUACGGUGAAGUAUGGUGGUGGUAGCAUCAUGCUAUGGGGAUGUUAUUCAGAUGGCAGGGAAUGGGAAAGAUGAACGGAGCAAAGUACAGAGACAUCCUUGAUGAAAACCUGUUCCAGAGCGCUCAGGACCUGAGACUGGGGCGAAGGUUCCCUUCCAACAGGUCAACGACCCUAAGCACACAGCCAACACAACGCAGUAGUGGCUUCGGGACAAGUCUCUGAAUGUCCUUGAGUGGCCCAGCCAGAGCCCGAACUUGAACCUGUUCGAACAUCUCUUGAGAGACCUGGAAAUAGCUGUGCAGCGAAGCUCCUCAUCCAACCUGACAGAGAUUGAGAGGAUCUGCAGAGAAGAAUGGGAGAAACUCCCCAAAUACAGGUGUGCCAAGCUUGUAGCGUCAUACCCAGGAAGACUCAAGGCUGUAAUCACUGCCAAAGGUGCUUCAACAAAUUACUGAGUAAAGGGUCUGAAUACUUAUGUAAAUGUUAUAUUUCAGUGUUUAAUUUUUUAUAAAUUUGCAAAAAUGCUUUGUUAUUAUGGGGUAUUGUGUGUAGAUUGAUGAGGGGAAAAAACAAUUUAAUCAAAUUGAGAAUAAGGCUGUAACGUAACAAAAUGUGGAAAAAGUCAAGGGGUCUGAAUACUUUGCGAAUGCACUGUAUGUCCCUCUAACUGCCCUGAAUGCCUCUGCUGAUCCUACAGCUAUUGUAUGCAGCAAUCAUGUGCCCAAGAACCAGAUUUAUGUUGUUAGCACUGAGGCGGUGUGCCCUAGUAGGAAGUCCACUGUGUGCAGCUCACCCUGCACUAACAUAAAUAACAUGAGCAUGUCUACUUCUGCUAAGCUUCCCAGUAAAGCAAUGAAAACAAUCAAGCGUCCCAGAAAAGUGAAACAAGGUUUAUUAAGUCAAUGACUUGCUAGUAACAGAUGACAUUCAUAUUCUGACUAUCUCUGAAACUCACUUAGAUAAUAACUUUGAUGAUACAGUGGUAGCAAUACAUGGUUAUAACAUCUACAGAAAAUACAGAAAUGCCAAUGGUGGAGGUGUUGCUCUUUAUAUUCAGAACCACAUUCCUGUAAAGCUUAGAGAGGAUCUCAUGUUAAAUACUGUUGAAGUAAUAUGGCUACAGGUUCAUCUGCCUCACCUAGAGCCCAUUCUGGUGGGAAGCUGCUAUAGACCACCAAGUGCUAACAGUCAGUAUCUGGAUAAUAUGUGUGAAAUGCUUGAUAAUGUAUGUGAUAUCAACAGAGAUGUAUACUUUCUGGGUGAUUUAAAUAUUGACUGGCUUUCAUCAACCUAAAGCCCAUUGAUGAUGUAAAUAAUAUUUGCUGGUCUGAGGAGCAGCCACUUUACACAUUUAUGAAAUUGCUUAUUCCAGUUACUAAAAAGCAUGCACCCAUUAAGAAAAUUACAGUAAAAACUGUUAAAUCCCUGUGGAUUGAUGAGGAAUUUGUGGUCCUCUGUAGCUCAAUUGGUAGAGCAUGGCGCUUGUAACGCCGGGGUAGUGGGUUUGAUCCCCGGGACCACCCAUAUGUAAAAAUGUAUGCGCACAUGACUGUAAGUCGCUUUGGAUAAAAGCGUCUGCUAAAUGGCAUAUUAUUAUUAUUAUUUUUAAAUGGUAUGGUUGAGAGGGAUGAGGCAAAAGUACUGCAAAUUGAGAAAUCAUGUGACUACACUGAAUAAAAAAAAAAGAAGAAACUAUACUAUGAAACAAAGAUAAAUUAUAUAAAGAAUGAUAGUAAAAAGCUUUGGAGCACCUUAAAUGUAAUUUUGGGGAAAAAUGCAAACUCAGCUCCAUCAUUCAUUGAAUCAGAUUCAUCACAAAACACACUGAUAUUGCCAACUACUUUAAUGAUUUUUUACUGGAUGGAAAAUUACUGUGGAUAAUAGCGGACGUGUAGCUCAGUUGGUAGAGCAUGGUGUUUGCAACACCAGGGUUGUGGGUUCAAUUCCCAUGGGGGGGCAGUAUGAAUUAAAUAAAUAAUAAUAAUAAUAAUAAUACAUGUAUGUCACUCUGGAUAAGAGUAUCUGCUAAAUGACUAAAAUGUAAAUUAUUGUUGUCUAUCAACAAUGACAAGCCACCGGGGUCUGACAACUUGGAUGGAAAAUUACUGAGGAUAAUAGCUGACGAUAUUGCCACUCCUAUUUGCCAUAUCUUCAAUUUAAGCCUACUAGAAAUAGUGUGCCCUCAGGCCUGGAGGGAAGCAAAAGUCAUUCUGCUACCUAAGAAUAUUAAAGCCCCCUUUACUGGCUCAAAUAGCCGACCAAUCAGCCUGUUACCAACCUGUAGUAAAGUCUUUUAUUUUUAUGGUGUUUGACCAGAUACAAUGCUAUUUUACAGUACAGAAAUUGACACGCUUAUAGGGAAGGACAUUCAAGAAGCACAGCACAGCACUUACAGAAAUGACUAAUGAUUGUCUGAGAGAAAUUGAUGAUUAAAAGAUUGUGGGGGCUGUUUUGUUAGACUUCAGUGCGGCUUUUGAAAUUAUCGAUCAUUGCUGCUGGAAAAAAGUAUGUGUUAUGGCUUUACACCCCUGCUAUAUUGUGGAUAAAGAGUUACCUGUCUAACAGAACACAGAGGGUAUUUUUUUAUGGAAGCCUCUCAAACAUAAUCCAGGUAGAAUCAGGAAUUCCCAAAGGCAGCUGUCUUGGACCCUUACUUUUUUCAAUCUUUACUAACGACAUGCUUUGAGUCAAGCCAGUGUGUCUAUGUAUGCGGAUGACUCAACACUAUACAAAUGUCAGCUACUACAGAGACUGAAAUGACUUCAACACUUAACAAAGAGCUGCAUUUAGUUUCAGAAUGGGUGGCAAGGAAUAAGUUAGUGCUAAAUAUUUAAAAAACUAAAAGCAUUGUAUUUGGGUCAAAUCAUUCACUAAACCAUAAACCUCAACUAAAUCUUGUAAUGAAUAAUGUGGAAAUUUAGCAAGUUUAGGUGACUAAACUGUUUGGAGUAACCCUGGAUUGUAAACUGGGGAGAAGUCUGUCCAUAAUAAAGCGCUGCUCUGCCUUAUUAACAUCACUAUCAACAAGGCAGGUCCUACAGGCCCUAGUUUUGUCACACCUGGACUACUGUUCAGUCGUGUGGUCAGGUGCCACAAAGAGGGACUUAGGAAAAUUGCAAUUGGCUCAGAACAGGGCAGCACGGCUGGCCCUUGGAUGUACACAGAGAUCUAACAUUAAUAAUAUGCAUGUCAAUCUCUCCUGGCUCAAAGUGGAGGAGAGAUUGACUUCAUCACUACUUGUAUUUGUGAGAAGUAUUGACAUGUUGAAUGCACCGAGCUGUCUGUUUGAACUACUUGCGCACAUUUCAGACACCCAUGCAUACCCCACAAGACAUGCCACCAGAGGUCUCUUCACAGUCCCCAAGUCCAGAACAGACUAUGGGAGGCGCACAGUACUACAUAGAGCCAUAACUACAUGGAACUCUAUUCCACAUCAAGUAACUAACGCAAGCAGUAGAAUCAGAUUUAGAAAACAGAUAAAAAAUACACUUUACGGAACAGCGGGGACUGUGAAGCAACACAAACAUAGGCACAUGCAUACACACACACAUGAUAACAGACGCACUAUACACACACGUACACAUGGAUUAUCUGUUGUGAAUGUAUUGUGAUGUUUUUAAAAUUGUAUAAACUGCCUUACUUUUGCUGGACCCCAGGAAGUGUCCGUGGCAGCAGCUAAUGGGGAUCCAUAAAAAUACAAAUACAAAUGUUACCGCUAAGACCCAUUUUCGGUUGGUCUUAAAUGUCCCCAACGGUGCAUACUGAAAUUGGCACUUUGGCUCACGUUUUUAAGGACACACCUCAGAUAUUGCCACCUCUCCCACCUCAGCGCAAGCGAGCUCAUAUAAGACAGGUAAAUUACCAAUCCUGGAGCUAGGGUUUGAAAACAGAAGAGCGCUGGAUUUAACCGAUCGAAAUUGUAAACGAGCAUUCAUUUGACAAUUGAGCUGGCUUAACACCAGCCAAAAAUAGAGCCCUGAAUGUUUUAUAGGUUGGCUGUUAACAGUCACCACCUGUAAUAAAUUACAUAAUGUAACCUUGUCGACACCCAGGAUGACACAAGAAUCAUGGCAGCCUCUUGGAGUAAAACCUCUCCUUCAUGAGGAAUUAAAAACAUUGUGAAAUGUCCUGUCCCCGUUUCCUUCCUACAGGUAUAUGAAGUACCUCUACCCUUACGAAUGUGAAAAGAGGGGUCUGAGCUCCCCCGGAGAGCUCCAGGCAGCUAUCGACAGUAACCGCCGCGAGGGGCGUCGCCAGAGCUACGGGUCGGCCAUCUUUAACUACUCUCCAGCAGGGACCCCCUCCAUCCUCUCCUCCCCCAAGAUGAGCAUGCCUCACCUGGCCAUGUCCACCUACAGCGGAGAACACCUGACCCGGGGAUACAACAUCAAGAAAGGUGAGACACAUGUCAUGUGACCAGGAAGAGGCUGCCGUGCUGCGGUUGUGGUAGAGGUAGAGGUUUCAGAGCUGUAAAGAUCCAUCAACAAGAUCAGAUAUAGUCGCUUAAAAUGGCUGUGGUUGGUCCAUUCCAGGCUCACUUAAUGGCGUUAUAUAUACAAAAAAAGGAAAUGUUGUGGUGUUGUGUGGGAUUCAUUCCUGCAUCAGACUGGCACCCAGGCUACAAUAGGGAUGGUGUUGUUUGUUGCUCACUGAUUUGAAAGAGGAAAAAGACGUGUCCAUGACCUGGCUGGUGAAUUUAAUGACACAGGAAGUGAAGACACAAUGCUCAGGAAAUUUGAAUUCCGUGUAAAAAAAUCUCCUCUCGUAAUUUGGCUGCUCAUGCUGUUAUUUCCCACAAAGUUUGAAUAUCAAACCGAGCAUUUCAAGGCAUAGGAUUUACCACUGCCUGAGAAAACACCUGUACGGCCAACCAUAAGAACUUCCUGACCAUAUAAAUGCCUACAGCAACCUACAGAAUGCCCACCCUUUUUUCUCAGGGAUUGGGUUCAAAGCAAAAGACACAUUUCCCGAGAUCUGAAUCAAAUAAAAUGGACAAUAAACUAUGAAGUAUUCUUCUUUAAAACGCUCUCUUGAAAAAGUGAUUUUUAAAAAAAUCUCAAUGAGACUAACCUGGUAAAAUAAAGGUAAAAUAAACAAAUACAUUCUUCUCUCUGUUUAUCCCAGAGGAUGGCCUGAUGGCAGGCUGUCUGUCGGGUCGUGUGGGGGGGACGCCAAUGUCUAUGGGAGGGCACCCCCAAGUCGUGGCGGCUCAGGCGGCGCAGGCUGCAGCGUUGGAGCAGCUGAGGGAGAAGCUGGAGAGCGGGGAGCCGCCAGAGAAGAAGAAGAUGAUGAUGAUGGAGCAACAGAGGCUCAUGCAGCAUGCGCUGCAGCAGAACCUCCUCGCCAUGGCAACGCAGCUACCCAUGAACAUCAAGAUCAACGACCGAACUGAGCGGAUGAGAGGUAAACCAAUGCUAAACGUACUCAUGUUGUUACUCUGGAUAACAGGCUGUGUAUGGAAUGACACCCUAUUCUGCUACAGAGUGCACUACUUAGGGUGCUAUUAACACAGACACCGUUACUAAAACAUGUUUGUCACCACAGUUACCUUAUUAAUGUAGACUUAUGCUUAUCUGUUAUUAUGAGUACAGGAUGUGUCUGAAACAAUGUGUAUAAAACCCUGGAUGACCGACGUUGUAAAAAACGGCUUUUGGAGGCUGUAGAAAUGCAUUUAUUAAUGUCGACAUUCAUUUUUGUCACGUUUAUUCUAUUACAGACACCUUUAAUGCAUCUUUUAAAUUAUAUUACGUGAGCUAAACAUAAAAAAUACACAUAUAAAAAAUAUGGGUGGCAGGUAGCUUAGUGGGUAAGAGCGUUGUGCCAGUAACCGAAAGGUCGCUGGUUCUAAUCCCCGAGCCGACAAGGUGAAAAAUCUGUCGAUGUGCCCUUGAGCAAGGCACUUAACCCUAAUUGCUCCUGUAAGUCGCUCUGGAUAAGAGUGUCUGCUAAAUGACAAAAAUAAAUAAUAAUAAUAAUAAAAACAAUUUCCUUAAAUAAAACAUUUUUGAGAGAAUGUUAUUGUCCCCACUACAAUUUUUUAAAACAUUUUGUUCUUGAAACAUUUAAUUGAAAUAUUGUAGAAUUCCAUUAAUUCCUAUGGUAGACUGCUCCUACUGGGGAGUGCCAAUAUGGCCGACCGGCGGCUUCAAAAUCUCUCAAUGGCCAAUACAUAGCAUCAGCAAUCCAGGGUUUAGAUACAUAAUUGGUCUGAAAUGGCACCAUACUUCCUAUAUACUUCUUUGACAAAUCAACACAAAAAUGAGUAUACAUACACAUAUGUAUCUGUUAUUAAUGAAUACAGGUUGAAAUGAUUCUCUACAUAAUACACUACUUUUGACCAGAGCCUAUAGGGAACAGGGCAGGGCUCCCAAUUUCGUUCAGCUGUGAGACGAUUGGUCGGGAGGCAGGAACAUAGUUCUAAAUAAUAAAUAACACUGCAAGAACCCCAAACAGAUACAGGGAUGGCCAGGGGCCUUCAGAACCCCAAACAUAUACAGGGAUGGCCAGGGCCUUCAGAACCCCAAACAGAUACAGGGAUGGCCAGGGCCUUCAGAACCCCAAACAGAUACAGGGAUGGCCAGGGCCUUCAGAACCCCAAACAGAUACAGGGAUGGCCAGGGCCUUCAGAACCCCAAUCAGAUACAGGGAUGGCCAGCGGCCUUCAGAACCCCAAACAGAUACAGGGAUGGCCAGGGCCUUCAGAACCCCAAACAGAUACAGGGAUGGCCAGUGGCCUUCAGAACCCCAAACAGAUACAGGGAUGGCCAGGGCCUUCAGAACCCCAAACAGAUACAGGGAUGGCCAGUGGCCUUCAGAACCCCAAACAGAUACAGGGAUGGCCAGGGCCUUCAGAACCCCAAACAGAUACAGGGAUGGCCAGGGCCUUCAGAACCCCAAACAGAUACAGGGAUGGCCAGGGCCUUCAGAACCCCAAACAGAUACAGGGAUGGCCAGGGCCUUCAGAACCCCAAACAGAUACAGGGAUGGCCAGUGGCCUUCAGAACCCCAAUCAGAUACAGGGAUGGCCAGGGCCUUCAGAACCCCAAACAGAUACAGGGAUGGCCAGUGGCCUUCAGAACCCCAAACAGAUACAGGGAUGGCCAGUGGCCUUCAGAACCCCGAACAGAUACAGGGAUGGCCAGUGGCCUUCAGAACCCCAAACAGAUACAGGGCCUUCAGAAAGGAUUCACACCCCAAACAGAUACAGUGCCUUCAGAAAGGAUUCACACCCCAAACAGAUACAGUGCCAUCAGAAAGGAUUCACACCCCAAACAGAUACAGCGCCUUCAGAAAGGAUUCACACCCCAAACAGAUACAGUGCCUUCAGAAAGGAUUCACACCCCAAACAGUUACAGUGCCUUCAGAAAGGAUUCACACCCCAAACAGAUACAGUGCCUUCAGAAAGGAUUCACACCCCAAACACAUACAGUGCCUUCAGAAAGGAUUCACACCCCAAACAGAUACAGUGCCUUCAGAAAGGAUUCACACCCCAAACAGAUACAGUGCCUUCAGAAAGGAUUCACACCCCAAACAGAUACAGUGCCUUCAGAAAGGAUUCACACCCCAAACAGAUACAGUGCCUUCAGAAAGGAUUCACACCCCAAACAGAUACAGCGCCUUCAGAAAGGAUUCACACCCCAAACAGAUACAGUGCCUUCAGAAAGGAUUCACACCCCAAACAGAUACAGCGCCUUCAGAAAGGAUUCACACCCCUCGACUUUUUCCACAUUUUGUUGUGUUACAGCCUGAAUUUAAAAUGGAUUAAAUUGAGAAUGUGUGUCACUGGCCUACACACCAUACCCCAAAAUGUCAAAGUGGAAUUAUGUUUUUAGAAAUGUUUACAAACUUAAUAUAAAAUGAAAAGCUGAAAGGUCUUGAGUCAAUAAGUAUUCAACCCCUUUGUUAUGGCAAGCCUAAAUAGGUUUAGGAGUAAAAAUGUGCUCAACAAGUCACAUAAUACUGUAAGUUGCAUGGACUCACUCUGUCUGCAAUAAUAGUGUUUAACAUGAUUUUUUGAAUGACUACCUCAUCUCUGCACCCCGCACAUACAAUUAUCUGUAAGGUCCCUCAGUCGAGCUGUGAAUUUCCAGCACAGAUUCAACCACAAAGACCAGGGAGGUUUUCCAAUGCCUCACAAAGAAGGGCACCUAUUGGUAGAUGGGUAAAAAUAAAAAAGCAUACAUUACAUAUCACUUAGAGAAUGGUGAAGUUAAUUAUUACAUUUUGGAUGGUUAUCAACACACCCAGUCACUAUAAAGACACAGGCAUCCUUCCUAACUUAGUUGCCGGAGAGGAAGGAAACAGCUCAGGGAUUUCACCAUGAGGCCAAUGGUGACUUUAAAAUGGUUACAGAGUUUCAUGGCUGUGAUAGGAGAAAAGUGAGGAUGGAUCAACAACAUUGUAGUUACUCCACAAUACUAAACUAAAUGACAGAGUGAAAAGAAGGAAUCCUGUACAGAAUAAACAUAUUCCUUUAUGCAAUAAGACACUAAAGUAAAACUGCAACAAAUGUGGCAAAGAAACGAAUGUUAUGUCCUGAGUAGAAAGUGUUAUGUUUGGGGCACAUCACUGAGUACCACUCUUCAUAUUUUCAAGCAUGGUGGUAGCUGCCUCAUGUUAUGGGUCUGCUUGUCAUCGGCAAGGACUGGGGAGUUUUUUAUGAUAAAAAGAAACGGAAUACAGCUAAACACAGGCAAAAUCCUAGAGGAAAACCUGGUUCAGUCUGCUCUCCACCAGACACUGGGAGAUGAAUUCACCUUUCAGCAGGACAAUAUCCAAAAACACAAGGCCAAAUAUACACUGGAGUUGCUUACCAAAACGACAUUGAAUAUUCCUGAGUGGCCUAGUUACAGUUUUGACUUAAACUGGCUUGAAAAUCUAUGGCAAGACUUGAAAAUGGCUGUCUAGCACUGAUCAACAACCCACAUGACAGAGCUUGAAGAAUUAAAAAAGAAUAAUGUGAAAAUAUUGUACAAUCCAGGUCUGCAAAGCUCUUAGAGUCUUGCCUAGAAAGACUCAGAGCUGUAAUCACUGCCAAAGGUGAUUCUAACAUGUAUUGACUCAGUGGUGUGAAUACUUAUGUAAAUGAAAUAUUUCUGUAUUUAAUUUUCUAUAUAUUUGCAAAGAUUUCUAAAAACAUGUUUUCACUUUGUCAUUAAGGACUAUUGUGUGUAGAUGGGUGAAUACAAAAAAACGAUUUAAUCCGUUUUCAAUUCAGGCAGUAACACAACAAAAUGUGGAAUAAGUCAAGGUUUAUGAAUACUUUUUGAAGGCACUGUAUAGUAUUCAACAAAAACAGAAUCAUUUCAAAUCUUGAUUACACUGCCUCUCUAUUAAUGCAUUGGAAUACUUGGGAAUGUAUGUCCUAAGUUAAAAUCAUGUUGAGCUGAUUUCUUGGUAAUUUUACAGUCUUUUAUGUCCAAUAACAAAAAGUAUAUAUAUACUGUACCAGUCAAAAGUUUGGACACAUCUAAUCAUUCCAGGGUUUUUCUUUAUUUUUAACAAGGUAGGGUGUCAGGGUUGAGUGUAGAGGGAACGUGGAAUCACACGCAGGACACAGAGAUUAAAAAAACAAAUGUUUUAGUGAAGUCCGACAGUACAAGCCAACACGGCAACAGGCCACAGGCGAAACAAGCGUACACUGGAACAGUCCAAAGUACAUACGCACAACGUGCAGGACUCUCUUAAACAAAACGAAAUACAGAGAGCAUAGAACAGCGGACCAACAUCUACACGUGACAUAGAACAAUUACACACAACACCUGACCAAACACAAGAGAACUAAAUAGGGUGCCUAAUGAACACUUAACAAUGAACAGGUGUGACAAACAGGCAAAACCAAUCAAACAUGAAACAUCGAACGGUGGCAGCUAGUACUCCGGAGACGACGACCGCCGAAGCCUGCCCGAACGAGGAGAAGGAGCCGCCUCGGCCGAAACCGUGACAUAGGGGUGGUAUACAGAAAAUAGCCCUAUUUGGUAAAAGACCAAGUCCAUAUUAUGGUAAGAACAGCUCAAAUACACAAAGAGAAUUGACAGUCCAUCAUUACUUUAAGACAUGAAGGUCAGUCAAUACGGAACAUUUCAAGGACUUUUAAAGUUUCUUCAAGUGCAGUUCCAAAAACCAUCAAGCGCUAUGAUGAAACUGGUUCUCAUGAGGACCGCUACAGGAAUGGAAGACCCAGAGUUACCUCUGCUGCAGAGGAUAAGCUCAUUAGAGUUACCAGACUCAGAAAUCAGCAAUUAACUGCACCACAGUUUGCAGCACAAAUAAAUGCUUCACAGAGUUCAAGUAACAGACACAUCUCAACAUCAACUAUUCAGAGGAGACUGCGUGAAUCAGGCCUUCAUGGUCGAAUUGCUGCAAAGAAACCACUACUAAAGGACACCAAUAAGAAGAAGAGACUUGCUUGGGCCAAGAAACACGAGCAAUGGAGAUUUGACCGGUAGAAAUCUGUCCUUUGGUCUGAUGAGUUCAAAUUUGAGACCUCAACUCAAUUGAGAUGGUUUGGGAUGAGUUGGACCGCAGAGUGAAGGAAAAGCAGACAACAAGUGCUCAGCAUAUGUGGGAACUCCUUCAAAACUGUUGGAAAAGCAUACCAGGUGAAGCUGGUUGAGAGAAUGCCAAUAGUGUGCAAAGCUGUCGUCAAGGCAAUGGGUGGCUGUUUGAAGAAUCUCAAAUAUAAAAUAUAUUUGUAUUUGUUUAACACUUUUUUGUUCACUACAUGAUUCCAUAUGUGUUAUUUCAUAGUUUUGAUGUAUUCACUAUUAUUCUACAAUGUAGAAAAUAUUUUUUUUUUUAAUAAAGAAAAACCCUGGAACGAGUAGGUGUGUCCAAACUUUUGACUGGUACUGUAUAUAUAAUUUUAGAUCAGAAGUUAUUGGGGAACCCUGGAAUAGGGCGUGACUUCGGACACAUCCACAGUUACCAUGUGAACACAUGUUUAUCCAUUGUUAUGCCCCUAUAGUACUGUAAUGUUGAUGCAAUAAUGAUGUAUAACUGCGACACACACAUGAAUCAUUUCAAAACCCACAGAGAAGCAUUUGGAGAAAAAGUAUUGUAAUUUAGAGACGACCCCUUACUGUGUAUUCCCGUGGGUUCUGUAACACGUCCUGCUUAAUAUCCAACUAACCCAAUUCAAUCUGCGGCCGUGUUACCGCCACAAAAAGAACACACAUAAAUAUCUUUGACACAUUUUGUUGUUGUGUAUUUUCGGAGUGGAUCAGAGUUCAGACAGGAAGUCUUCCUCCAGGUUAUUUAUUCUCCUCCAACAGUGUUACUGUUUCUUCCUCUACUGUUAUAUAACUGGGGGUUUAGCUGUGCAGCACGGCGGUGGUAUUCACACAUCAAGUAAGAGUAUUUCACCAUGUGACAGGCGAGCCGCAAUUAAACGCACAGUUCAUCAUAACAGCUGCAAUGUGAUGUCUGAGGAUUUCACCGAUGUUAUGAAGAUGUACUACUGCUGCAUGACCACAGGGGAAAAUACUAGAUAUAAAAAUAUAUGCUGUCGCCCCGCCCGCCAACUCUGUUGAUGGUUCUCAGUGUGGCGGUGUUUACGACAAGCCAUAAGUCAUCAUACAUUACUGGAUAAUAAUAAUAAUAGAGCCUAAAGGAAGAAUGAGGGACCUAUCUGCUCAGGUGUGGUUUCAUCUCUCUCUGCAUGACUGCCUCUCAGGCAUUAGUUGUAAUAAUGGGCUUUGCUCUAAACGCUUAAUGGUAGAACGAGUCAGAAUCGUUCACAGGUUAAUUCCUCCACUGGCCGACCCGACCAGUCUGGCUGGGCUGCAACCCAACAUAUAAACACCAUCAUUUACAGAUUACAUCAAAACGAUUUAUUAAAUAUGGCAGCCAAGGCUGGAGGACGCCUGCACAAUGUUCUGUAAUAGUGGUGCUGUUUUAAAAGAAAAAAUGAUCUAAACUCUAAAAUGAUACAGUAUAUUUAGUAUGUAUCUGCACAUUAAUUAUAUUUUACAGAAAUUAAACUUUACAAUAUUCUUGCAUGUUGUUCUUAUUUGGGAGAAGAUUGUUGCAAAGCCUUGUUCUUCGCGAGUAGCUACACAAUCCAAGUUCUCCAAGUGCCUGCUUGUCUGUGUGUUAUGAUAUGAUGUCACAGUCUCCUCGGGGAGAUAACCCAUUGGCGAUAACCGACAUGUACAAAUGGCUGCUACAUCUGUUGACAGUUCCCCCCUCUCUCUCCCUCAGAACUCUUUAAUAAACUGCUCCUUACCCUGUCACUCUAGGAGUUAUCGCCAAUACUCUCCCAGGCGCUCCUCUCCUGCUCCUUGUGUUCCCUUUCUAAAUGCUCAUAUUGAGUUUUCCUCUCUCUCGUCCUCUGGCAGAUGACAGACAAGAGGCUCCAUUGAACCUGUCUACCGCCGGCAUUAGCAGCAUCAACAUGUCAAUAGAAAUAAAUGGAGUUGUCUACACAGGUAAAUAGAGGGACCGUUUGCUGAUGUAAUUGCAGGCAGGAAAUUCAAUAAGUUAUAGCAGCGCCCCGGCGCCUUAGUCCUCCACGCAAUGUCUUUGCUAUAAAAUCCAAUGAAGUGGCUGUCCAAUAGAGUUAAACAAGUUAAAUAUCUCAGAAUUGGGGCUGUGGAUGGGAGGAUGGGAGGAUGGGAGGAUGGGAGGAUGGGAGGUCGAUGGGGUUUAUUGUCUUAGCCGUGCCUGGGUUUAGCCUUAACGCCUCCCGCACACCACCUCCUCCUCCUCCUCCUCCUCCUCCUCCUCCUCCACCUCCUCCUCUGCCUUCCAGCGAUGGGGUAA